CCGUCUCCGACUCCGUCUCUGUCUCUCGGAAACCUCACCGCCCAAUCCUUCAAAGCACGGCCAUUGUCGCUGUAGCUUCUUCUCUCGCAUUCUCUCUCACUUUCUCUUCACUCCCGUCUUUUCUCCGAUUCAGAUGGACCGUCGCUGGCCCUGGAAGAAAAAAUCUUCGGAUAAGACGGUGCUUGAGAAGGCAGCUGCUGCCUUGGACUCUGCUGGUGCUGGUGCUGCUGCUCAGGGCAGUCAGAAUCAGGAUAAUUACAAGAAGCCAAACUAUGUGCAAAUUUCUGUGGAGUCAUAUUCACAUCUGACUAGCUUGGAGGACCAAGUGAAGACAUUUGAGGAAAAAGUUCAGACACUGGAAGAUGAGGUCAAAGAAUUGAAUGAAAAGCUGUCGGUGGCAAAUUCAGAGAUAACUACCAAGGAAAGCUUAGUAAAACAACAUGCUAAAGUAGCCGAAGAAGCUGUCUCAGGCUGGGAAAAGGCAGAAGCAGAAGCUUUGGCAUUGAAGAAUCAUCUAGAAUCUGUCACACUUUCAAAGCUCACGGCUGAGGAUCGGGCAUCACAUUUAGAUGGUGCUCUUAAAGAGUGCAUGCGACAGAUAAGAAACCUGAAGGAAGAACAUGAGCAGAAAAUACAGGAAGUUGCUCUCACUAAAACCAAGCAGUUAGAUAAAAUUAAGGGUGAGCUUGACGCAAAGAUAGUUAACUUAGAACAGGAACUUCUUAGGUCUGCUGCUGAAAAUGGGGCUCUUUCAAGGUCUUUACAGGAGCGCUCAAACAUGCUAAUCAAAAUUAGUGAAGAGAAGGCUCAGGCUGAAGCUGAUAUUGAGCUUUUGAAGGGAAACAUAGAAUCAUGUGAAAGGGAAAUCAAUUCACUUAAGUAUGAACUUCAUGUCGUUUCUAAGGAGCUGGAAAUUCGUAAUGAAGAAAAGAACAUGAGUAUGAGGUCUGCAGAAGCUGCUAACAGGCAGCAUGCAGAGGGUGUUAAAAAAAUUGCAAAGUUAGAGGCUGAGUGCCAAAGAUUACGAGGUCUGGUGCGGAAAAAGUUACCUGGUCCUGCUGCACUUGCACAAAUGAAGCUGGAAGUUGAAAAUCUUGGCCGAGACUUUGGAGAAACUCGAUCAAGGAGGUCUUCUGUUAAGCCUGCUAGUCCUCAUUUGUCCCCAUCACCUGAUUUCUCCCUAGAGAGUAUUCAGAAAUUUCAAAAGGAGAAUGAAUUUCUUACAGAUCGUUUAUUGGCAAUGGAAGAAGAAACAAAGAUGCUCAAAGAAGCUUUGGCAAAGCGUAACAGUGAAUUGCAGGCCUCAAGGAGCAUGUGCGCUAAAACUCUGAGCAAACUCCAAAGUUUGGAAGCACAAAUUCAGCCAAUUGACCAGCAUAAAGGAUCUCCAAAGUCCAUCAUUCAGAUAACCCAUGAAAGUGUUUGUGGUCAAAAUGCAAGCCAUGCACCAAGCUUAACCUCCAUGUCUGAAGAUGGAAAUGAUGAUGUUGGAAAAUGUGCUGAGUCUUGGUCUACAGCAUCGAUCUCGGAGUUAUCCCAGUCCCAAAAGGAAAAGAAUAUUGAGAAAUCAAGCAUAUCUGAGGCCACUAGUAAGUUGGAACUGAUGGAUGACUUUCUGGAGGUGGAGAAGUUGGCCUGCCUAUCAAAUGAUUCCAAUGGCUCUAUUUCAAUGUCCUCAAGCAAUACAACUGAAAUUGUGAUCAACCACGUAUCAGAAGUCAGUACUUGCAUAAAUGGUUCCUCUGAAAAGCAGAGUGAUUUGAAUCCGUUACCCAAUCUAGUGUCUUCUGGUGAAGUGUUGUCAGCCCCUGAUCUCCAAUCUGAUGUUAAUUACUUGUCACAGACAGAGCUUCGAUCAAGAAUUUGGGGGGUCUUUGAGUCCAUGUCUAGCGAUUCUGAUAUAGGAAAUAUCCUUGAAAACAUAAAACAUAUUUUGGAAGAUGCACGUGAUGCUUCCAACAACCAUUCUGUUGAAUGUAUACCCCAGGAUGUCCAUCCUUCUGAUGCUACACGUGAUAGGGAGGCUAACCCGGAAGAUGUUGGCUCACAUCUUGAAAAGAAAUCCAUUUCAUCGAAGCAAACAAUAGAACAUGUGCAGAUGACUGCAGACUUGGAAGCUGCCAUUUCUCAUAUUCACCACUUCGUGCUGUUCCUAGGCAGAGAAGCAAUGUCAGUUCAUGACAUUUCUGCUGAUGGAGGAGUAAAGCUAAAGAUCGAGGAAUUUUCUCACACCUUUAAUAAAGUCAUAUGCAAAGAAGCGACUUUGCAGCAGUUUGUUUUUGAUUUGUCAUAUGUAUUAGCUAAGGCAAGUGAAUUCAGAUUUAAUGUCCUCGGCUAUAAGGGUACAGAAGCUGAAACUAACAGUCCUGAUUGCAUUGACAAGAUUGCUUUGCCAGAAAAUAAGUUAGAUCAAAACAGUCUGUCAGGAGAACGAUAUCCAAAUGGCUGUUCCCAUAUUCUUAAUCCUUGUGCUGAUCCUCAGGUACCUGAUGAUGGAAAUUUGAUCUCUUCCUAUGAAGCCAAUGGUACUUCACGCCAAUUCUCAGUGGAUAAGUUUGAAGAAUUGAAAUUAGAGAAAGAGAAGACAGCAAUGGAUCUGGCAAGAUGCACCGAAACUCUUGAAUCGACGAAGUCUCAAUUACAAGAGACUGAGCAACUUUUGGCAGAAGUGAAAUCACAAUUGGCUUCUUCUCAAAGAUCUAACAGCUUGUCUGAGACACAGCUGAAAUGCAUGGCGGAGUCAUACAGGACCCUUGAAACACGUGCACAGGAGUUAGAAACUGAGCUGAAUCUUCUGCGAGUUAAGACAGAAACUCUGGAGAAUGAACUUCAAGAUGAAAAGAGGGGUCGUGAAGAUGCUGUGGCUAAGUGUAAGGACCUAGAAGAGCAAUUGCAAAGGUACGAGAGCUCAGCAGCUGAUGAUGACGUCAAGACUAAGAAGGAGAAAGAUUUGGCAGCUGCGGCGGAAAAGCUAGCCGAGUGUCAGGAAACAAUAUUUCUUCUUGGCAAGCAGCUAAAAUCUCUACGCCCUCAAACAGAGCAGGGCGGAUCUCCUUACAGCGAGAGAAGUUCAAAGGUUGAUGAAGGGCUUAUAGAGGAGGAGCCUACUAUUAGUAACCCAAAUUUGCAGGAGCUAGAUGAGAUGGACAGUGCCAGUUCGGCAUUUGUGCAAAGAUUGGGUCCAGAGUCCCCCUCGUAUUUCUCCAACGGCCUUUGUCCAUCUGACAAUGAAGCAAACCUUGCCACCAUAUCUCCAGCAAAGAAUCCAAGACACAGGCCUACUAAAUCAGCCUCCUCCUCCGUUUCUUCGGCACCAACGCCGGAGAAACUUGCACAUUCGCGAGGAUUUAGUAGAUUCUUUUCAUCAAAAGGGAAAAAUGGGCGCUAAGCCCGAACCAAGCUUGUUUGUAUUUGACGACACCUCAUCUUGAGGUGAUUUGCAAACAUCAGCGCUUUGCCCCCAUUCAUGAUUUUACAUAAUGAAUCUUGCGUGGUUAAGAGGAGAAUCCCAUGAAUGUCAGGUGAUUUUUGUAUCCAAUGGUUGUAUAUGAUAACUAUAUGUUUCUUCUAUAAACGUUAUUUCCCCCUCCCUCGGGUUCUGUGAUUUGACAACGAUGACAUGGUCUCUCAACUACGACAGAAUAUAUUGAAUAGACUAUAUUUUUCAUAUAUUUA